UCUGUAUCAACAACAGGAAGAAAUCAUUCCUGCCCCCUCCCCCUUUUCAUAUGAAAGUGCGUUCAUCUUCCCACAGGGGCCAGCAGCCGUCUCAGCGCCUUCCCGCCACUUGUAUGCAAGUUUCCCCUCCUCGCCCCAAACUUUGCUUUCCUUUCUUUCCCCUUGUCAGUCUCUCUCCCCUUUGCUUUGGGAUAUCACGUCUUGUUGACAAAAGGAGAGCAAGUCGCUUCCCCCCGCCCCAGCUACCCCCUCCCUUUUUUCCAGGACUUUUCCACUGGGAUCUAUUGCCAGAGCUGAUCUCUCGUUUAUCAGCAUUUACCUGGAUAUAAUAUUCAAGUAACGCUGCGUACAACAUGACAACUCUAGCUGGAGCUGUCCCAAGAAUGAUGCGACCAGCUCCCGGGCAGAACUACCCUCGCAGCGGAUUUCCAUUAGAAGUGUCCACUCCUUUAGGCCAAGGCAGAGUCAACCAGCUCGGUGGAGUUUUUAUCAAUGGCAGGCCUUUGCCCAACCACAUCCGACACAAGAUCGUGGAGAUGGCCCAUCACGGGAUCCGGCCCUGUGUCAUCUCUCGCCAGCUGCGCGUGUCCCACGGCUGCGUCUCCAAAAUCCUGUGCAGGUACCAGGAGACUGGCUCCAUCCGGCCGGGGGCCAUCGGGGGCAGCAAACCCAAGCAGGUGACAACGCCGGACGUUGAGAAGAAGAUCGAGGAAUACAAGAGGGAGAAUGCCGGCAUGUUCAGCUGGGAGAUCCGGGACAAGCUGCUCAAAGACGGGGUCUGCGAUCGAAACACGGUUCCCUCAGUGAGCUCCAUCAGCCGCAUCCUGAGAAGCAAAUUUGGGAAAGGCGAAGAGGAGGAGGCCGAGCUGGACAGGAAGGAAGCGGAGGAGAGUGACAAGAAGGCCAAGCACAGCAUUGAUGGGAUCCUCAGCGAGCGAGAGCUUGUCCUGCACAUACAUAGGCACUGAAGAAGAGGAGACAAAAGUACCAAAUGAGCUGGUCAAACAUUUGUACAACUUUUCCAGCUUUUACAAAGAAGGCCUUCUAUACACAAUCUACACUUGGAGAUGAACUUGGAAAACAAAGAAGGGAGAGUCCAUUGAAACUCACACUUUAGCUUUGCACAGACAAAGCUUCAGCUAGCAGCAGCUUGAUGUGAACAAAAGAAGGCAACCUUUUUAUAAUUCAAGGAGAAAAGAAGAGAAAACAGCCCCACAAAAGGCCGAGAAAGGACAUUAUGGUCUUGCAAUGAGGGAUGAAUUAUUCAAUGAGCCCCAAUAGCUGAGCAGUUUUAUGGACUCUCCACCGUGGAAAAAGUGGCUAUUUUCACCUACAAAAUGUUUCUAGCCUUUCUAGACAUCUAGAGAUGCCGACUGCCAUUCAAGAAGGACAACUGCCAUUCUUUAAAACUAUAGUAUCCCUCUGUAUUGUAAAAACAAAACAAAACCCCCUUAAACUAGGACUCUCAUUCCGAGUUACUAGGGCUCUCAGGGAAGCUUCAUCUUCUCUCUGUCUGUGUGUACAUACAUACAGGAAAAUACUGGAGGAUUCGUAUAUAUAUUUUUUAAGGCCAGAAGGGACCAUUCUGAUAAUCUAUUCUGACUUUCUUUAUAGUAGAAGCUGCUGAAUUUUACCCAGUAAUACCUUCAGGCACGAACUGGACAAGCAAUGGCUAAAACCAGUUACUAUGAUUUUGAAAAACAACUGGUUAUUUUGGGUGGCGGGUUUUUGAGUACUCAGCUUGAGACACUUUAAACAAGCCUACUUUUCAGAAAGUGACAAGCACUUUUGAAAACUUCAGUAUGGCUCAAGUUGGGCAUUAAAAAAUGGAAGCACCCCAAAAAUCUGACAAAUAUGUCCAGAGAAUUUAUUUUAACUUGCUAAGCGCUGAUAUUCUAGAUUAUCCCCUUGAUCCAGUCCACAACAACUGUUAUCUGGAUGGACAUCAUUAUCUGAUUAAAAAAUAAAACCCCACAACUCAUCUCCAACUUAAAAUUCUCUUGGUGCUCUUUCACUUUCUGCUUUAGCCUCAGUGUUGGCAUGGGCCAAAGUUUUAGUGACACUUCAGAGUCAGGGAUACUAACAACCUGAAGAGAUCUUUUGGGAAACUAAAUCCCCAUUGCUAAUACGGUUGUCCUUAAUGUCAAUAUUUAAUACUGGUAGUUUAAAACGAAGUUAUCUUAGAUUAUUUGGGUAGAAAGGCUUGAUCCUGACAGGGUGCUGCUUACCUCUUUAAAGGUGUUGAACUCUGUACUCCUUUAAGCUUCCUUUAAAAUUAAUGACCCAUAGUGCCUACUACCAAUUAAGCAAAUGGCAAAACUCAUGCUAAUUUAAAUGGUGCAGAACUGGGUACAGUGGCUUCACUGGAAGUCAAAGCCACACAACAUUUUGCAGGAGAAGGGCCUUUAAAAAUGUAUUUCUUAGAAGUUCCUGGUGAGAAUUGAUUUUCAUCACAUAGAAUGGAAACUCUUCAUUACAAUAAGUCACACUCUCCUGUUCCCGUGUUUCCAUUGGCCACUUAUUAUUUUUAUAGGAGUGGCAGAGAUGCUGGAAAGAGGGUGAUCAAGAAGAGAUUUUGUUAACAAAAUUAUUAAUGUUGGCCGGAUAUUAGAGACAGAAAUUCUGGAGAAUUCAAUUUAAAAUGCACUGCUCUUUCACAUAUAUGGCCAAUCAUAAAGGUUCAGCUUCAAAACUCAUUGACAUUGGCGGGGGUGUGGUCAUGAUUUCACCCAGUGUCUGUAUUUAAGGUUAAAAGCAUCAUCAAAUCCUGCUCUUUUUAUUCACACAAGGUCUGAUUUUGCUCCCAUUAAAGCAAUUCAUACAGCUCCCAGUAAUGUCAGUGGUGCAGGGUCAUGCUUGCAGGUGUCCCACUGACUUAAGUCUGAGGAAGCCAGGAAAGUGAGUCACGAAACCAGGAUUGGCCUGAUAACAGAGGUCUAGAUAGAGUGUAUAUAGUGAUAUAGGCUACAAGUUUUAUUGUCCUGAGUUAGGGACUAGUUUGUUGCUCACAAAUGGUAAAGCCACAUGUGAUUUAUAUGGGGUUUCACAAAUGUUCCUUCUAACUUUUUCUGUCCAUGUGUCAAAUAAAUGUUAUGUGCACCAAGACAUAUGUGGAUGUGCACCACUAAUAGAAACACAUGCUGCUGCCUGUGGGCAACCGUGGGCACUCUGCUAAUCAGUUGGACAGUUACUGAAUCUUUUAUGGAUGCCCAUCCAAGUGCAUAACUUACAGGGAACGUUAGUUGUCACAAACAAGUGGCAGUCAAAGCUUACCACUGCACACCAUCAUAUAUUCUGUAUAGCCGAGGUACAUAUUUUGUAGGGGAGGGACCUCUUUUAAGAAAGUUCUGAAGAGUUUUCUACAAUGCCAUUACUAUUUUUCAUAGCCCCUGCUUACAGAACCAGGUUCCCUUAAUACCAGAAGUGCAGGAUUCAGAGAGAGAAACAUUUAAAUAAUAAACUCCAGAAAUGUUUAGAAUUAUCUAUAAUAGAGCUGCAAACAAAAUGAUGCAUCCCUCUGGAGAGCUAGCAAUCUCCCUUUUUUCAGUGCCAGAACUCUGUAAAAUUAGAAGGCAUCAGACUUUUAGCUCAUCUCUGAUCGAGGACUGAAAAUUGCUAAUUUUGCACCCUCAGUCUUGUAUGAGUUGGGGAGGAGGGAAAUUCCUCAUUUGAAGGAAAGAAAGAAGGAAACAAGCAACAUUUUAGUUUUGAUGGCAGCUGUUUAAAAGUUGCUCAGAGAUUUCUGAUGUUAGAAGGAGUCCUGAACAAGGGGAAGAAUGCAGAUAAAAUGGGUAAAAUUGCUUGAUAAAUAAAUAUAAUGUAUCAUAUGACUUGGCAACUUAUCACAUAGAUAUAAAUACCACAUACAUAAUUGUAAUAUAAACAAAUCUGUACUAUAGGACAGUGUUUAUCAAUCUUUUUUUUAUAAAGUACCCCAUUUUAAAAUAAAUUAUAAGUACCCCCAGUACUUACAGUUUUCAGACACACACAUUAUUUUGA